AUGUUAUACAUGGACCCUGACGGCGGCGGCGGGGGACACGGUGGCAUGGAGGCCAUACGCGCUCUCGCGGAGGGUUUCGGCAUCGACUUGCCCAUGGGGAGGGAAGUGGACGUAGAUACAGCGUUCAUCGAGGGGGCCACGAAGCGCAUGGCUCUCCACGACCCGGACGCGGGGCACUGGUCUCUUCGGGUAUUCAUGACGAAUAAGGAGCAAGACGGGGUCAGAGUCGGGAGCGAGAGCGACGUGGUGGACUAUGUCGAGGAGCGCAUCAACCUGUCCCUGGCGGAACUUGCGAUCAACCACGAUGGCGAUGACCCCACGAGCACGGGCGACGACGUGACCACGGGAGAUGACGUCAAGCCCCCUAACAUCGACAUCGGCUGCGACACCGAGUUCUCUGACUCGACGACGGCGCCCCCGAGCCUCAGCUCGUCGCGUGGUGACGUGACUCCCGACCUCAUCCCGGAGCCUUCGAGCCCCACCUCAUCACGGGCUUCCUGGGCGUCUCAUCCGUGGGACGACGAUGAGUACUGGGGCGACGACCAGAUUUACCUCGACCACAACAGCUUCUUCGCUGAGGAGGUCUGCCUGUUCCCGUCCGUGUGGGGGGAGUGGACGCGGGGACCGGAGGAGGUUUGCCUCUUCCCGUCGGUGUGGUCCGAUUGGACCAGGACGCAGCCCAGGAAGCGCUGCAGGGUGCGCGGCAGCGGUGGGCGGAGGACGACGACGAAGAGGAACAAAAAACGCCGGUGCCCGCGGCGCCGCCGGGAGAGACGCCGCCGCCGGGCCUUGCGGCGCAAGAGGCUGGCCAGACGUGCGCGCUCGGGUGGACGUCGCCGACGGCUGCCAACCUCCUUCCGAGGGGGGGGGAACUCUGGGGACGAGGGCGAUCAGGGAACGGGGGAGGAGACGGUACGGGCGGCGACGCAGGCGGCCGAACAGGAGUCGAGACAGUGUCCGACGGUGACACCGGAGAUCAGAUCGAUCCCGCACCUCCGACCGGUAUGGCUUACUAGAGUAGAAACAGUACACUCAAACGUUCUUGGCGGACAAGUCAAGUCAUUGCCUGUAGACCAGAUCAGGGGCGCUCACUUACGCUUGCAGUCACGCCUCCGUAAUUGUCGCUGCCUCCCAUCCCACCCUUCCCCCGUUCCAGUUCGACGCAAAUCCUCGAGGGCACCUCCUGGCCCCCCAUGUCGAGACCCUCGGUCUGAGUUUGAAAACAGGGCCUGGAUGAAAGAUACCAAACGGGCUGCAAUGCGAGUUGCGCAACUGUCUCGUGGAGAUGGCCUCGCCUCCGGUGGUAAACGCAAGGCCGGCCAUGGCGGUGGCGGUAGCGGUAAACGUCCUGCCGGUGGCGGUAAACGCAAGGCCGGCCGUGGCGGUGGCGGUGGCGGUAAACGUCCUGCCGGUGGCGGUAAACGUCCUGCCGGUGGUGGUGGCCCUGACGGUGACGCCAAACGUCCUGCCGGUGGUGGUGGCGGUAAUGUUGGCGGUGGCGACGGGGGCGACGUGGGCGACGGUGAUGGCGGUGACGACGGGGGCGACGGGGGCGACGGGGGUGUCACUCCCGUGGACGUGGGCGACGGCGAUGGCACUUGCAGCGACGGCGGAGGAUCUGGGGGUGUCAAGGGGGCCGCUGACGUCAGGCAAGCGCAGCUUCGACAGCGUAGAGCAGAGGGUACAACGCGAGUGGAUUCAACGGAACUUGGUCGAUGGCUGACGGAACCGUUUUUGCCUUGCAUGGAGGCUUUCAUACAACAAAAUCGCAAGAUUGCCGAUGAGAGAGCAAAAGACCACGAGGGCACGGCACCUACCACGCCAAAGAGGCCUGUCGGAGUUGGGACGCUCGCGGAUCUCGCUAACCCCCUUUUCUCUUCUGUCUAG